UAGCGGAGGAUGGGAUGAGUUGCGACGGAGUGCCAAGCAGUUGGAAGGAGAGAUCGACUCCAAGCUCAUUGCUUUGUCUCAGCUCGGAGCAAGUCUUUCGAGUAUGGAAGGAGAAGAUCAUCAUCGAGCUGGUGGUACAACGGGUGGAUAUGCUGAUGUGGAAAUGGGUUCUGUACCUGGUCUUGGUCCUGCUUCGUCAUCGUCUCUGACAGAGGCAAAGAUGACCUUUGAUGCUCUCGCGGCGGAGCUGGAUACUCUUCUGUUGGCUCUCAAGGAGACCGUGGCAAACAUGGGCAACAUCAUCUCAGCAUCAAAGCUGACUCCGCCGCCGGCAAGGGUUCACACCCUUCAUCGGGAUCGGGAGAUGCUGCGCGACUUUGAAGUCGAGUUCAGAAAGACGAGGGAUCACGUCAACAACUACCUGGCACGCAUUCAACUCCUCGACUCGAUGGACGAGGGCAUCGCCGCCUACAAGUCCGAGCAGGAGCAUGUCCUUCGCGAGGCACGCGCCAUCAACGCUACUGAUCGCAUGACAGACGCUCUCCUCGGCUCCGCUGCCGCCUCUCGCGCAGAGCUCCUCCGCGAGACCGGCCAGUUCCGUUCCAUCAACUCGCGCCUCGCAGACAUGUCUGCUCGCUUCCCGCUCAUCGGCAACAUCAUGUCCAAGAUCAAGUCGCGUAAGCGCCGCGACAUGUACAUCCUUGCCUCGGUCAUCGCCUUUUGCAUCAUCGUCAUCGCCAUGUACUGGUGGAACAAAGCUAGCUCGCCGCACUCGGUCACCUCGCACGUCUCGCAUGCCUCGGCCGUGACCGCUGCGUCGGCGGCGGAGCUUCAGGUGGCGAGCUCGGACUUGUCGCACUUGCUCGUCUUGUUUGACAGCCAGCAAGCAGAGCUGGCAAAGGCUCGCCGCCAAGCGGCAGAGCUAGCCGAGAAAAACGCGGCUCUAGAGGCUCAGCUCGUCGACGCUCUCCAGUUCCAGGUCGACCUCUCGCGGGCGUACAAGGACGCAGUCGCCGAGCUUGACGCUCUCAAGCAGCGCUCGCCGGCGUCGCUCCCAACGGUCACAUCGCCGGCUGCGACGGCAUCGCCCACGGCCGCAUCACCAGCGUCGCUCCACUCGCUCACCGCCGAUCUGGCCCGGACCACGUCAGAGCGCGACUCGCUCGCUGCUGAGCUGGCCCGGACCUCGGACGAGCUCCACGCUCUGCGGCUGUGGGCCGAGUCGUACCAGUACGGUGAGCCGGCGGAGAGCAAACAGCCCGAGCCGGAUGCGCCGGAAGAGACCGAUGGCCUCGGCCUGCAGCGGUCGCACUCGUGGGAGGUCCCGCCGCCGCGCGAGCGGUUCGAGCUCCUUGUCCGGGAAAAGUCGGCCCUUGAAGAAAAGGUCGAUGCGCUCGAGCUCGAGCUCGCCCACUCGUCCAAGCGCAAUACCGAGCUGGCCGAGUCGCUUGCCCGCGCAGAGACCGCAGCGCUCGCGCUGGAGAACCGCGACCUGAACCGAUCGGCCGAGCUGGAGCGCGCCGCCGCCGAAGUCAUCGAGGUCGACCGCGAGUACGGCGAGCACUUUGCCCAGCUCGACGCCACCAACACCGCGCUCGCCGCAGAGGUUGAGAGCCUCCGCGACGAUAAGAUCCGCCUCGAAGCCCAUAUCGCCCACCUCACCGAGCACAUGCACGCCCUCACCCAGCUCAACGCCGACUUGGAGGCUGCCUCGCGGGCCGGGCCCGACGGCGAGCCGCUCGACCCAGCAUCGUUCGACUCGGCUGUUGUCCAGAGCUCCAACGCCCGCGCCGCACUCGAGCUGCACUCUCUCCGCGAGGAGCUCGCCCGCGUCUCCGCCGCCGAGGCCCGCGAGAAGAAGCGCGUCCGCCAGCUGCGCGCCAAGCUCCGCCAGUACGUCGCCCGCGUCGAGGGUCUCGACCGCGUCGAUCACCUCACUGCCGCCACCGCCGCCGCACGCCGCUCAGCCUCGCCCUCGGUCGAGGCCUCGCUCGAGCUCGCUCUUCUCGCUGAUGAGAUGGACAUGCACGCGCACGAUGCCGCUACACAGCUCCAGGCCGCCGCCGACGAUCGCGACGCCGCAGAGCGCGCCGCAACCGCCGCUGCCGCACGCGCCGCAACUUCGGCCGCUGUCGCCGACGCCCGCGAGAGCGGCCUCACUCGCCAGCUUGAACGCUCCCGCACCGCAAACGCCGAGCUCCAGUCGCGGCUCCACCUCCUCCUCGCCCAGAUUGCCGAGCUGGAGGCCAUGAACGACGACCUCGCCAGCCGCCUGGCCGUCGCCGAGGCCCGCGAAGGCGCCGCCCUCGAAUCGGCCCGCGAUAUCGCCGGCCAGGGCGCUGUCGGCGCCGCAACUCUGCUGGACAAGUACAACGCCGCCAUCUCUGAACGCGACGCCGCAUCCGCUGCCCUCGAAGCCUCGCGCGAAGAAGUCGCCCAGCUCCACACCCGCCUCGCUGCCGCUGCCGAGCUCAAGUCAGCCCUCAAGUCAACGUUUCUCGUCGAGAUCCAGAAGCGAACCGCAGCCUUUAAGCAGCUCCGAUCCCAGCUCAUCGCCGCCUCGAGAAGAUCCAAGUCGUCGCACACUUGAACAGCCUUCC